AUGGUCGACAUGCCCGAAUAUAUCGACUGGUCAGACCAAAGUAUAUCUUUUAGUAUGGAAGAUCUCCCGAAGGCCGUCCCAAGGCCUGGCCACGCAACCCUGGUCCUUGAAGCGCAGAUUGGAGGAUACAACAUGAGCAAAGUGUUCAUGGACGGAGGAAGCGGCCUGAAUCUAUUGUUCGCCAGCACGAUGAAGGCGAUGGGUCUAACAGUCAACAUGCUACGAGAGUCCUACACGGGAUUCCAUGGCAUCAUACCGACUCGACCCGCUUAUUCCCUUGGCAAGAUAUCGCUGGACGUAGUUUUCUGCACACGUAGCAACUUUAGAAAGGAGAAAAUCGAGUUUGAGGUGGUCGACUGGGAGUCUCAGUACCAUGCCAUCCUCGGCAGACCUGCGUUUGCCAAAUUCAUGGAGGUACCCCACUAUGCGUACCUGAAACUGAAGAUGCUAGGCAACAAUGGGACAGCGAUAACCAUACAUGGGAGUUUCUCCCGUUCAGAUAGCUGUGACAGGGAUUUCCAAAAGAUCGCUUCAAAGUUUGGAGCUAAGGAAGAACUUAACGCAGUCGAUGCUAUUACAGACCACAUGAAGCCACUGGCCGAUAAUCGAAAUGUAAGAUCCGAUGAGUUUGACGUCGCGAAGGAAGCAAAGAAGAUGCAGGUGCAUCCCUCUGACCCGAAGAAAACAGUCAAUAUUUUGGCAGACCUCACUGUCGCAUAG